AUGCAAGAAACGCAAAGCAAUAACUACCAAAGUAUCUCUGAAUCAGACAAGAGCACCAAAGCUUCUUCUGAGCCACUCAAUAACCCUAAAGACAUCGAGUCAUCAUCCACUACGAUUCACAUGGAUCAAGAACCUAAAGUAGACCAAGAUCAGCCAAUGACUUGGAAAGAGAAGCUCAAGACAUUCUUUUUCUAUGCAAAGCCAAUGAUUGUCAUGCUAGUGAUCGAUGUUGGAAUACCUCUCGCUAUCUAUUAUGGUACCAAAGACGCAAUAGGCCCCUUGAUUGCCCUGAUCAUAUCUGGUAUACCUCCUCUAUUACAUGUCAUCUACUCUUUCGUCAGACACAGACGUUUGGAAAUUCUUGGAUGUAUAUUUGUUGUAUCAUUUAUCGUAUCUGCUGUCUUGUCAUUGAUUACAGGCGAUGUACGUUUGACACUACUCCGAGAUUCGAGCACAACAGCCUUAAUCAGUGUCAUGUUCUUUGUUACACUUAUUCCUUUGCAAACAAAAUGGUUUGACAUUAAGCCUAUGAUGUUUGCCAAUGCGCCUCCAAUUACUUGGGUUGAUCAGAGUGGACAAGAGCAGUCUUCUCCGAGGUUGACCUUUGUCUGGGAACAUGUCAAAAUGUUUCGAACAUAUUGUUACGCUUUAACCUUUGCCUGGGCCGUGAUACUUAUGGGUGAAUUUGCUGCCAAGGUGAUUAUGAUUAAGAGUACCUUAGAUGUCGAUCAUAUUGUGCUCUAUGGCAACAUUAUAAUCAUCACCGUAUCUGUCGCAAUGGCCCUUAUCACAUCGUUUUCUAGCAGAUUGAUCAGAAAAAGAUCGGUGGUACUUGUUCAAGAAUGGAUGAAGGAAAAUAAUUAUAGAGAUCGAUUACCACAAUAA